AUGGCCGACGGUGACAACAACAUCGGGGGGUUACUCCCAACCGACGUCCUCAUCGAGGUCUUGCUGCGCCUCCCGACGAGCUCCCGACGGCGGUUCCGUCUAGCCUGUCGGCUCUGGCGCGACAUCAUCGACACACACACCACCGAGAUGCAGAGCCGCCCCAAGAUGCUCGUCGCCACCGUCGAUGCAAUACACCUUGUCGAGGAGGACGACCUACCAUCAUCGCGAUGGACCGGCGCCGACUACGACUACGAUGGCAUGAGCCUUGUCGGCACCUGCAACGGCCUCGUCUGCAUGUACGACAGCCAAGACCCUGACGGGCCCAUCAUCCUUGCAAAUCCGGUCACCGGCGAGAUGCUGGCCAUAACGCCGCCGCCCCCGAUGAGGCACACGAAGGCCACUUCGGACUCACGUCUGACGUUCACCUUCACGUACCACCCCACGACGGGGCGGUAUAAGGUCAUGCACGUCCCGUACAGCUUCGACAGGGUCUGGGUGUUCACGCUCGGGGAGGCGCUCUGGCGAGACGUCGCCACGGGCAGCCCAACGGAGAUAUACGACGUCAGCAAGGGCAUGAUCAGCAUCGAUGGCACGGUAUACUGGGCGGUGAAGGGCGGGGAGGCGAAGGUCGUGUCCUUUGACCUCGACAGCGAGCACGUCGCAUCCGUCAGGCCGUUGCCAAAAGUGCUGUCUAGACACGGUAGCUGGCACCUUGUGGAGGCGCGCGGGAGGCUGGGCGUGGCGUUUAGCCGCGGGUGGUGGACGGCGGACAAAACGGAGGUGUGGGUCAUGGAGCAUGCGAUGGUGGGACGACGGCGUACGUGGAGCCGCUGGUACAAAAUAAUAAUGGAGAAGCCAGUAGAUCAACUCGCGCACCAGCAUCAGCUCACACUACCAAGCUUUACUACUCAUGAUAGUGAGUACAUCCUGACGAUGAGAUGGGAGUGGGACUUGUUACUAGAGCUAGGACGUUAUCAUGGUUAUGUCUUGUACAAACACAAGCCAAGCAAUGACGUAAAGAAGCAGGCACGGCAUGGCGUGGUAGAAAUCGGCGAGAGGGACCGCGGCGCUGAGGUUGCUGUUAUACCAACUCACCACAUCCGCCCCCGGACCUUCGCCUACGUCGAGACCACAGAACCUUUGAGUGUUUAUAGGUGUAGGUGA